UGAAUCCCUUCAAGGACGUCGCAUAGGGAUGACAUAGUCGUCAGAUGGCAGGUGAAAGCAAAGAACAGCUCCAAGACCGCUGGAACUAUCUCUACAAAGAGUACCUCCCAGCAUUAGCCAAAGCACGAGAUGAGUCCCAACCCACUUGGCCCGUUUUCCUAGAUCAUUGCUUUGCUCGGAUCGUGCUGGACAAUGCGGUCGGCGUCGACAAGCCAUGGACCAAAGUGCUCAAGUCACCGGCCUACAAACAUAUGUCCGAAGAGCAGCUAGGGACUGCAAUCGAACUUGCCGAGAAGAUAGCCCAAGGUAGUGCAAAUCUGGUUGAGCUAGACGAGCACAGCCUACAGUUACGUGGAAAGCAGAGCAAGAAACGAAAGGCUACAGACAGUACCUCCAGUGAUGCCGAUGCGACUGUGAAACAACCGGCCAAGAAGAGCAAGAACAAGAGCACUGACCCCACGGUGUCAUCUUACUUCCUCCCGAUAUCGAGCCCCAGGGGCAAUGCGAAAGCAGAUGUCAGCAAAAAGAAGUCGCCGGAAGCUAAAGUCAAGACUGAAGAGGAUCCCGACAUGCCGGUUCAAGUCAAGCGCAUCCAAGGCUCAAACUUGACUGCGUUCAAAAAGAAGAUCUUAACGAUGUUGACUGAGAUUCCACGCGGUCGCUGGUCAACAUAUGGAGCCAUGUCGGAUUAUCUGAAUGAGAAGCAUUCGAAGACCUGUGCUCGCGCAGUGGGAAGUGCGAUCAAGAACAAUCCUUUUGCGCCUGAAGUUCCUUGCCACAGAAUCCUUGCUGCUGACCGCACGAUCGGCGGCUUCAAGUGUGGUGGAUGGGGAGAGAGUGGGAAGUAUGCACACGAGAAGCAUCAGCUGCUCAAAGACGAAGGUGUUAAAUUUGACUCCAGCAUGAAGGUCAAAGGCUCUCCGUUCCGAGACUUCAGUGUGUAAAGACAUCUCGACACAAUUUUCCAUCAAGUCCUUGAAGUCGUCAUCGAUCUGUGCGGAUACAUGUACAGUCAUCGUCGACAACCGAGCAACCUGGCAAUUCGGCAUGUCGAGGUUUGGAUGCGACAAAAAUUUCGGACCUGUCUAAAACGCGUCCAGGUCAUUCACAGAAACUACAUCUCGAUCAAUGAUGAUUGAUCAGGCUUGAUCGCAUGAAGGCGUAAAAGAUUCUUGGACUGUCUCCACAUGCGAGGGCGGAUUGU